GCCCGCCCUCAGCAGCCCGAGCGGCUUCUUCUGAGGCGGCGGUUGAGGCAGCGCCCGGUGUCUUGGUCGCGGUCUGUGCAGCGGCAGGCUGCUCCCGUCCCGGCCGGCGGGGCGGCCGUCCAGCCCCUCGGGCCGGCAGGCGAUGGUGCGGUGGAGUGCGCGGACGCGGGCGGCGUGGCGGCGGGCAUGAAGGAGGAUGGAAGGGCAGGACGAGGUGUCGGCGCGGGAGCAGCACUUCCACAGCCAAGUGCGAGAGUCCACGAUCUGUUUCCUUCUCUUUGCCGUUCUCUACAUUGUCUCCUACUUCAUCAUCACAAGAUACAAGAGAAAAUCAGAUGAGCAAGAAGAUGAAGAUGCCAUAGUCAACAGGAUUUCGUUGUUUCUGAGCACGUUCACUCUAGCAGUUUCAGCUGGGGCAGUUUUGCUUUUACCCUUCUCAAUAAUCAGCAAUGAAAUCCUGCUUUCUUUUCCUCAAAACUACUAUAUUCAGUGGCUAAAUGGCUCCCUGAUUCAUGGUUUGUGGAACCUUGCUUCUCUCUUUUCCAACCUUUGUCUGUUUGUGUUGAUGCCCUUUGCCUUUUUCUUUCUGGAAUCAGAAGGUUUUGCUGGCCUGAAAAGGGGAAUCCGAGCCCGAAUUUUAGAAACUCUGGUCAUGCUUAUUCUUCUGGCCUUGCUUAUUCUUGGGAUAGUGUGGGUAGCCUUGGCGCUCAUUGACAAUGACGCUGCGAGUAUGGAAUCUUUAUAUGAUCUCUGGGAUUUCUACCUACCUUAUUUAUAUUCCUGUAUAUCAUUGAUGGGAUGUUUGUUACUUCUCUUGUGCACUCCAGUUGGCCUCUCCCGCAUGUUCACAGUCAUGGGGCAGCUGUUGGUGAAGCCAACAAUUCUUGAAGACCUGGAUGAACAAAUUUAUAUUAUUACCCUAGAGGAAGAAGCAAUUCAGCGACGACUAAAUGGUCUUUGUUGCUGUGCACAGGCUUUCUCUAUUUGCGGACUGUCUUCAUCAGUGGAACACAAUAUAACGGAGUUGGAACAAGAACUUGACAAUGUAAAGACUCUUAAGACAAAAUUAGAGAGGCGCAAAAAGGCUUCAGCAUGGGAAAGAAACUUGGUGUAUCCUGCUGUUAUGGUUCUCCUUCUUAUUGAGACAUCCAUUUCGGUCCUCUUGGUGGCUUGUAAUAUUCUUUGCCUGUUGGUUGAUGAAACAGCAAUGCCAAAGGGAACAAGGGGGCCUGGAAUAGGAAAUGCUUCUCUUUCUGCUUUUGGUUUCGUGGGAGCUGCACUUGAAAUCAUUUUGAUAUUCUAUCUUAUGGUGUCCUCUGUUGUUGGUUUCUAUAGCCUCCGAUUUUUUGGAAACUUUAUUCCCAAGAAGGAUGACACAACGAUGACAAAGAUCAUUGGGAAUUGUGUGUCAAUCUUGGUCUUGAGCUCCGCACUGCCUGUUAUGUCAAGAACACUGGGAAUCACUAGAUUUGAUCUACUUGGAGACUUUGGAAGGUUUAAUUGGCUGGGAAAUUUCUAUAUUGUGUUAUCCUACAAUUUGCUUUUUGCUAUUAUGACAACAUUGUGUCUGGUCAGAAAAUUCACCUCUGCUGUACGAGAAGAACUUUUCAAGGCCCUAGGGCUUCAUAAACUUCACUUAUCAGAUACUUCAAGGGAUUCAGAAACCACAAAGCCUUCUGCGAAUGGGCAUCAGAAAGCACUGUGAGACCCGCAGCAGCGCCCUGCAAUCAAGAGCCUGAGCGCCCCGAACCUGUGACGUUCCCGUCGGUCAGGGGUGUUUCCUGCUGACUGUGGCCCGCGUUUACGGCCUGGGCCUGUCGGUGUCGUUUUCAUAAUCUAAGAGCUCGGCUGUUGCAGGUCGUCUUCUUUUUACCUUUGGGGCGGCCCUUGUAGUUCCCAGCCAGGUGCAGCCCCCUCAGGGCGGCGCGUCUUCUGGGGCCAUGUUUGCUUGCAUCAGUUAUGCGCCCAUAUGAGAGUGUUAGAAAAGGCCAACUUUGGGGCUUUCUAAGGAUUCACUUAAAUCUUGUUAUAUAUUCCAUUCAAAACGAAUUCCAUUCAUGCCCUACAUGAAAGGGCAUCCUUGGUACUUAGAUGUGAAAUUUCUGCAAAAAAUGAAAGUUUGUAGAUGAUAUUGCAGUGGGUACAUUGGAACUGUAAAUGGUUGCAAAUUAUAUUUUUCACUUCCUUAAAGAAAAAACAAAAGCAUAGUUCUGAUUUAUGUUACAGAAUGAUAUUGAUUGGACUUUGAGUCAAGGGAAAAAUACAAAAUUCUUUUAGAACUUGAGCCUUGGUAGGAUGCCACAGGAAUACCUCCUACUGUCCAGUGGAAUAAGCUAUGGUAGGAAGUAUUAUGUAAUCAUACUUCUCUGACAGUUUAUGUGUAUAUAAUUCAAUAUUACCUCUCAUAACAUAGUUGCCAGUGUUGAAUACACUUGUAACUUAGAUUUUGCCUUAUAGGCUAUAUGUACACUCAGUUUUUUUUAAACAUUUUUUUCAGAAAUCCCUUAAUUCCCUGUGUCCAUUAUGCACUAUAAAUGCUCUGUGGUAGACACCCCUUCUGUCGCCACAGUCUUCAGGCUUUGAUCACUUCUGUACAUGCCAAUUUAAACAUCAGACUUAACGAAUGUUACCAUUUAACACCCAAAACACACAGCAUCAGCAUUCAUGAUGUAAGAAAAGUUUUGCCGUGUAUCAUGGUCUGAUGAUCAUUCAGUUAUUAAAUUGUAAAUAAUUCUUGGGAUGGGUUCUUGACUUAAGUCCACUGAAUAAAAGCUAUAACAUUAUACUCCGUGUUACCAUGCACUAGGAUCGAGUACCAGAAAUUGUGCAUGCAAAAAUAGCAGAUGGGUCCACUUGCACACAGUUCAUAUCAGGCAGCCUCUAUAAACACAUAUGUUCAUAUGCGCUGUGUGUUUGGCAACAGGUUGUGUUCAGACAAAAGGAAAAGAACAGUUUUCUCAAAUUGUUGAAUUUAAAGGGUUUUUUGGGAGAAAUUUAUGAAAAACAGGCUAUAUAUAUUUUGACAUCAAAAAUUUCCACUUAGAUCCAAUAUAAUAAGAGAAAGUAACCCAAAGCUCCAUUGUGUAUACUUCUCCUUUAUUUAUACCUCUGCAUUUCCUUCUGAGCUUCUCUUCCUGUUAAAAUGCAGCUUAGUUUUAAAAUAAAAGAACAUUUUGUGAUUCUAAACAACACUCAGUAAAUACCACCAGUCUAGUAUGGGUGAAUUUCUCAGCAUAAGAUCCACAUACUGAGAAAAUGAAUAAAAAUUGGCUGCUUUCUAAUUUUACUGGUAAUUAUACCUAUUUAAGUGUUAAUUGCAAGUUUUGAUUUUUACUGAAACUUGCUUGCUUUGAGCAGACCAGGUCAAGGGGAGAAGAGAAAAGAAUUCCUUUAAAUAAAAGAAUAUCACUUUUAACUUACACUAAUUUCAGGGCAGACAUCCAGAGGAAGAGCUUCUGGGUAUUUGUAAGAUGUCUGAAAAUUUUUGAGUAAAAUAUUAAACUUUUCAAUGUCUAUAUCAA